AUGGCGGACAAUACCCAAACACAGCCUAAGCGCCAACGAGGCGAAGCCAUUGAAGAAGAAGAGGAAGCUUCUAAGCGCCAUAAAUACUCAUAUAAUCAUCUCAUGUCCAUUCUCGAGGAAGAAGAAGAAGAGGAUAAUGACAAGCCAGUUCAAGAUUUGUCCGCCAUUCUCACCGCCCUCCAGCAAGAGCUCUGCUCUCCUUCUUCUUCUUCUUCGCCGGCGAUGGCGGCCGGAGAAGCUGAGCCGCCGGCCGGCGUGACGGCGAGCUCCGAGGAGGACGAAAAUGGCGACAGAUUUAGCGUCAUAAGACACCUCCUUGAGGCGUCUGAUGACGAGCUCGGCAUUCCCGCCGGCGGUGGGGUGGACGGCGCCGGCGCCGGUGCCGGAGCCGGCGCGGAUUUGCCGGCGAUCUCUUUGAGUGAUGGGUUGUGGCAGCUUGAAGAUGAAUCUGCUAACUACUAUUCUUUGCUACACUCUCAACUUUUCAUGUAG